CGGUUACAUAGAGCUCACUCAUGCUCGGUCAAAAGCCGGCUGUUCUCAACCAGCGCGGCGCUAUAUCGGCAAAACCGCAUCCCAGCCUCAUAUUACCGCGGCGGAACUUCAAGAGGACUGAUAUUCCAGAAGAAAGACCUGCCUGCAUCUCAAGAUGACUGGAAGCCCAUCUUGCUGGGCACCAUGGGCUCUCCGGACCCUCAUGGCCGCCAACUUGACGGGCUUGGGGGCGGCUUGUCCAGUCUAUCAAAAGUCUGCAUCAUAUCGCCAGCAUCAGACCUGAGUCGGGCCCAGGGAGCCCAGGUGGACUUCACCUUUGCUCAAGUCGGCAUUAAAUCAACUGAUAUCGACUACUCCGGAAACUGCGGGAAUCUGUCCAGUGCCGUGGGCCCGUUUGCCAUCGACGCGGGACUGGUUAAAUUGGACGAAGAGGAGCUCAGCGCCGGUAAAAGGACAGCUACCGUUCGCAUAUUCAAUACAAAUACCCAGAAAAUAAUCGAUUCUACAUUCCCCAUAUGCAUUUCACCUGACGGAAGCGUCGAGGCCGAAGCUAGUGGUGACUUUACUGUGGACGGCGUGGCUGGAUCCGCAUCAAGGAUCCAACUCGACUUUAUCAGUCCGGCUGGAGCUAAGACGGGAAAAUUACUGCCUACAGGGAACUUGAUUGAUACCUUUGACGGUGUCCGAGCAACGUGCAUCGAUGUCGGGAAUCCGAUGAUUUUCGUCCCGGCUUCUGACCUACCGGUUGACGGGAAGAUAUCUCCGGACCAGAUAUCUUCUACACCUGGUCUACUUGAGCGGCUAGAGAAAAUAAGAUCCCAGGCUGCAAUUAAUAUGGGCAUGGCAACGACAGUAGAUGAAGUUCCGGCGUCUAUACCGAAGAUCAAUAUUAUUUCUACGCCUGACGAGGAGGGUGUUGACAUCAGUGCCAGGACUAUCUCUGUUGGCCAGCCGCACAAGGCUCUCCCAUCACUGCCGGGCUUAGCCUUGCAGUGGCUACAAAACUUGAAGGGUCAAUUGUGA